CCUCCUCGCCGCGAAUCCCUUUCUGUUCUCUCCUUGAACCGAACCGCUGCCGCAAGCCUUGCGUCCGCAUCGUCAACGGCACCGCCUCGCCAAAACCCCCGUUCGUUACAGUUGCAUUCGUGUCUCCUCUCGCUCGCUCGUUCGUUCAUUCGUUCGAACGUGCGUGCGUGCGUGCGUGUGGUCGCCGCUUGGGCCGGGCUCCUACAUAUCUCCAUCUGCUUCCUUUGUCUGGGCGUCGCUCGCCCCAUCUGACAGUCACAAAAAGGGAAGCGACUGCGACACUGUCAUCAUCGACCCGGAUCAGGAGACGGAGCGUUCAAGCAUUCCAUCGCAUCCACCAUCUUAUUUGCUCGUCUGGGCUCGAUGCAUUCCAGCCUGAUCUAGUCUCAAACCCGAACAAUCAACAGCGGUCAUCAUGGCCUCAGAACCGGUUCAUCCCCUACGCAUAGCCAAAAACACGCCUAGCUCGUCGCCCACAAAGAUGGCCGGCAACAGUCUGCCCCGCCCUCUCUCAGAGAUUUCGCCCACCGAGAAGCGGCGCAACUCACCCAGCUGGCGACAGUAUACCCCGACAAAGGCCUCUGUCCCGGGCAACGACUCGUCGCCAUUCCAGUCGUCACCUCUCGACUCGGCGACAUCGCCUCGACUCUUCUGGCAGAACCGCAACGCCGAGAACAUGUUCGCUGGAGCCCGUUCGGGGUCGACAUCGCCAACCCGACGGUCCUCGAUCGAGCGUCUCCAGAGGGCAUCUCGCGUCCGGAACAGCAACAUUUUGGCUCUGGAGCAGAAGCAGGAAUAUGAUCCAACUCGGAUUCCUCACAUCGAGAGGCCCCUCGCUAAGGUCCAAGGAAACUCGUUCGCGUCGUCGUCUAGCUCGGGCGGCCUUCGUUCCUCCGACUCAGAGCCGCAGGCCUUCGACAGCAAGUCGAGUCUCUCCAUGAUGAGCCCUUCCAAGACGUCGCCGCUGGUGUCGACCAUCAGCUCCGGCGCGCCCCCUCGGGCCCCGAGCCCGAGCAAGGGCCAAGCCUCGCCUACUAAAUCCUCUCUCUCUCCGACCAAGUUCAACAAGGGCAUCUUCGAUCCAGAGGCCGGCACAUGGUCCGGACAUUCGUCUGUCGACGAGCACGACCUACCCGAGGGCCGCUUCCUGCACCGACACCCCAAGAGCGUGACGUUUGAUGCCGCGCCGCCCCAAAUCAACGAGUAUGAAAUGGCAACCCCAGAUCUGUCGUCUGUCGGCACGAACUCGCGCGAGGGUAGCUACGAAUCAGUCGAAGAUGAAGAUGACGACGAUGUCAUGUAUGACCCUGGACACAUUGGUCUUCAGGAUGACAGCUUUGACGCGUCUCUCGAGGACACGGACAAAACUCCCGUGGUCGGCCCAGAUGACUGGCGCGGCGAAAGCCCCAUGAUCCAUCACAGCAACCCGGUGGAGUUUGACGGUAGCCCAAUGCCCGAGCACAUUCCUUCCGUGGCUUCGCCGGCCCGCCCCUCUCAUCAGCGGACCGACUCUGCCAACUCAAAUGGUGACCAUCGUCCGCUGCCUCCCCUCCCAGGCCUCGGCCAUGUGAGGAAUCACUCUGCGGCUUCUGAGCCAGCAUCGCCCGGUCUCUCAGCUACGGCAGAGAGGAUGCUGGGUGGCAACUCGCAUCGCAGUCUGCCAGUUCCUCCUCCAGCGUCAGCCAGCAAGCUCGACAUCCAGAACUUCGGCAAUGGCAAGAUGACCCUCGAGGAGCGCCUGAAGCUUAUGAUGCUCUCAGACGACUCGAAUGGAAAGACUGCAGCCGAGCAGCAGCGUGAGCGCCGCCUUAGAAGGGGCGCAAGUCGCGACCGUGGCUCUACCCCGCAGUCCGAGGCCGAGUCCACCAACGAUUUGGAGGCCGCGGAAGAAGACGAUACCGUGGCAGAUAUUUCUCUUCUCGGCGACUACGAGAUGCCCUCCCGGAUUUCUCGGGAAUCUAUCAUGCGCCGCGUCAACGGCAACACAGCUCACGGCGACCCAGAGUAUCAAUUCUCUUCGCCGGCCGCGACACCAGUCUCGCACCGCAGCCCAGAGCGAAGUCCCGAGAGAGCAGAGUUGAUCGAUCCCGAUGUCCCGCUGCCUUCUACGGAGGACUCGAUUCUUGAAGGAGAAGAGGAAGAGGAGUAUGAGCAGGAGGACUCCGUCAUCAUUACUCGCAACCUUGAACACGACGAUGUAUUGGACCUGUAUGGCGAUGAUCUGGAUGAAACAGAAUCCGGCGAUUCGCAAACACAGCAGCAAGUGGACGCGGAGAGUAACUACUCGGACGACGAGCAGGCGCCCGACGCCGCCGAGAGCAAGUUCACGGAGGGUGGAGUCACUACUCCCCGAGCAAACUCUCCCGCUCCGUUCUUGAGCCUGGGUGCUUCCAUUCCCGAGCUCGCCCCUGCCUUUGCUCAUACACCCUUCUCUACCGAACGCACCAGCAUCACCCCUCCUGCGAUGCAAGAGGAGGCCAAGGAAAAGCCGGGCGAGCCCGAGAUCAGCGGCGCGAAGCGUCUAGGAACACCAGAGAGGCGCAUGUCUAAGCCUGAGUAUGACGGAACCGGCUGGGGUGAACCGGAGGAUGAAGAUGAUGACGAGCCCGGCACACCCGAAUCGGUUAUCCAUCAUCCCAUGGAUGAGUUCGAGAACGAGCAGGAGGCGCGAGAUUCGCCAAUUAUUCCUGAGCGCGUGGCAACCAUCAAGUCUGCGUCGGGCUCGAAACUUAAGACUCGUCUGUCCAACACCCCUGCCGACUUGGCUGCGAUGAGGGAAGCUCGCCGCCAGGUUAGCCAGGAAGUCCCAACUGUGCCACCGAUUCCUGAGAAACACCGCAACCGCCUCUCCCAAAACUUCGGUGAUAUUCAGGGCGUUGUUUCGGAAGAGGGUCUCGAGCGUCAGCCAAGCUUGAAGAACCGAAGCUUGACCCUGGACAUCGACAUGGGCCUCAGUCUCGACCAGGAUUUUGAGAGAGUUAUCGAGGCUCAAAAGGUUGAUAUGACCCCUACACAUCCCAUAAACGUAGCAAGACCGCGAACGGACAUCACGGCCCCCCUUCGCGAUCUAACGCUAAGAGAGCUCGAUGCUAACAUAACGCUCCGUUCCCAGCGCGGUUAUCUCAUGCGACAGAACACGAAGGUCGUUGCGGCCAGCGAUAAGGACGGUGAAAUGACUUGGAAGGCACGUUCAGCCAACAACUCUCCCGUCAAGUCCGACCGGCCUCAAUCAUGGGUCGUCGAACCUUGGAAUGGUCAGGUCCGCCAGAGAAGCGCCAGCCGCAAGCGCCCGGCUAACAACGGCGCCGUGCCGCCGUUGCCUGGCCAGGACAGCAACGCAACUGCCAUCAAUCAUGCGGCUGAGGAUGAUGCGCAGUCCGAAGCCACCAUUGACAGCGGUGAAAGAGGCCGUCUCUUUGUUAAGGUGAUGGGUGUCAAGGAUUUGGAUUUGCCCCUCCCGAAGAAUGAGCGCACGUGGUUCAGCCUCACCUUGGAUAACGGAGUUCACUGCGUUACCACGGCCUGGCUUGAACUGGCUCGUAACGCGCCAAUCGGCCAAGAAUUUGAGCUCGUCGUCCCCAAUGAUCUCGAGUUCCAGCUGACUCUCAAUGUGAAGCUGGAGAGACCCGUCCAGGAGGAGCUGCCCCUCGCGUCGGCCAAGAUGGCCAAGCCCAAGACGUCGACGUUCAGCAGGGUGUUUGCUUCUCCAAAGAAGCGCAGGGAGAUGGAGAUGAGGCAAAAGGCCGAGGAAGAGCGGUUUGCCCAGCAGCAGAGAGAUGCUCUCGCAAGACGUAACAACGCACCAACUGGCUAUGAGCUCCUCUCACCUCUGGCAGCAGAAGAUGGUAGCUUUGCGCGCGCGUACGUCUGUCUUAAGGAGCAUGAGAGCCGAUGCUUUGGGCGACCAUACAUGGCAGAAGUGGCCUGCUUCAACGAGUGGGCAACUGAGGAGGAGAGUUUCGCGUCGAGCGUCAAGAGCAAACGUGGCAACAACGGCGUUGUUCGCCGAGCACCUUACAAGAUCGGAAAGCUGGAGCUGCAGCUGCUCUUUGUUCCGCGUCCCAAGAACUCCAGGGACGAGGACAUGCCCAAGAGCAUGAACUCGUGCGUCAGAGAGCUGAGAGCGGCCGAGGAGAGGCUAUCGCGCAACUGGGAGGGUCAUCUCAGCCAGCAAGGCGGCGACUGCCCUUACUGGCGCCGCCGAUAUUUUAAGCUCGUUGGUGCCAAACUGACGGCGUAUCACGAGGCAACUCGACAGCCCCGAGCGACCAUCAAUCUCGGAAACGCCAAGCGUUUGAUUGACGACAGGCGGGCGCUGACUGAGAAGGAGACGGUCAAUAAGGGCAAGCGCCGCCGAUCAGCCUUUGCCGAAGAGGAAGAGGGCUACAUGUUCGUCGAGGAGGGUUUCCGCAUCCGAUUCAACAACGGCGAGGUAAUUGACUUUUACGCCGACACAGCCGAAGACAAGGAGGGCUGGAUGAAGGUGCUCUCGGAUGUCAUUGGACGGAGCGACGGCGGUGUGGACGAGGACAGCAACGGCAUCAGAUCGCGGGCGAAGUGGUGCGAGCUGGUCCUUAAGCGGGAGCAGGAGCUCCGGCGCCGCGCCGAGGGCCGACGCGUACACUCGCGAACCAAGAGCACGCUCCUUUAAGUGGCCCAUGAGACCACGGGAAGGUCGAGCAGUGACACGAGAGAUGAGUCUUUCACGGGGAAUGUGGCAACGGCACUGGGCAUGAUGACGAUUAGAGCCUGGAGCGAGGAGGCGUUGUUGCACCCACUCGUCGGGGUGCCUUUCCAUCUGCUGCACACGCGGCACAUUGUCCUUUUGUGUUUAUUUGCUCGUUUCCCCUUUGCUUCAACGAUGAAGCCAUGUUGGAUUACGAGAGUGUCACGGCGAGGCGAGGAAGUCGGCGUCGGAGGUGUCUAUUUCUUUUCUGUGCUACUACUACGGCCAGGUCCUGGCGGCACUCUCGUCUGUACGUAUGAAAUAUCUGUAUGAAAGAAGCUCGUGCCGGAAAAUAAUGAAGC